AUGGCUGACACAACUAAAAAGCGAAAGAAAGGCUCAAUUAGUGAAGAAGACGUGUCUACUCUCUUACAGAGGUACUCUUCGCAGACGGUGCUGGCAUUACUGCAAGAGGUGGCGGUGGUUUCCGAGAGGAAAAUUGACUGGAAUGCAAUGGUAAAAAAUACUUCUACAGGGAUUUCCAAUCCGAGGGAGUACCAAAAACUCUGGCGCCACCUCGCAUAUCGGGAUGACCUCGUUGAUUCAUUGAACAAUGCUGCAAACCCUCUGGAUGAUGACAGUGAUUUAGAAUUUGAACUGGAAGCUUUUCCUGCUGUCAGUCGCGAAACUUCAGUAGAGGCUGCCGCUUGUGCUAAGGUCUUAAUUGCCUCUGGAACCCUAAAUGAUUCCCAUCUCCCAAACAACUCAACUAUCGAGGCGCCAUUAACUAUAAAUAUACCGAACCGUGAGAAGUCCACAGCUCCUUCAGAGGGUUCACAUCUUGCUAGUUGUUUGCAGGGGACAAAUAUUACCAUUGCAGUUUCUGUGCGUAAACAGCAAUUUUCUACUACUGUAACAUGUACUGAAGAAAAGCGAACUAAUGAGUCAACAAGCAGUAAUUUGCCUGCCCGAAGAAAAAGAAAGCCUUGGUCUGCAGAAGAGGAUAUGGAACUCAUUGCCGCUGUGCAAAAGUGUGGGGAACGGAAUUGGGCUAAUAUUUUGAAAGGAGAUUUUAAGGGUGAUAGGAAACCGUCAGAGCUAUCUAAGAGGUGGGCCACUAUCAGGAAAAAGCAAGGCAACUUGAAUGCGGGAGCCAGUUCACAACUUUCUGAGACUCAGCUGGCCGCGGCUCACAGAGCAAUGUCCUUUGCCCUAGAUAUGCCCUUUGGUGAUCAUUUGAGGGCAUCAUUAAAUACUGGCGGUACAGCUUCAAAUAGCAGAGCAGGCAACUCCACACAUCCUGCUUUUGUUGAAACAUCAUCGAUUGGUGUACCAUCACUGAAAAGACCAUCAACAAAUCCUACUCAGAUCCCGGGUUCCAUGGCUGCAGUUGCUGCUGGGGCCCGAAUUGUUAAAACCCCUGUUGCUCCGUCGCACAUUGAGGCUCCACUUUCUCAGAGUUCUGUUCGUGCCAUUGCUGGACGAGGCUCUAUGAUUAAAUCCUUGACAACAGGUCUCUCGAAUCAACUGCCAAGUAACGUGCACUUUGUUCGUAAUGGCCUGGCAAAGGCGCCAAUCACCAAUCGCUCCUUGAUAAUGACAAAUGCCUCUAAACCAGGUGAUGAAGCUCGCCAAGCACAAGUUCCAGCUGCUGGAAUUGUAAGAACUGUAGCGGAAGCCACUGUUUCUAGCUCAGAAAAUAUGACGCAAGAGAAUGUCCAAAAAGACGAAGCUGCUCUUUCUACGGAUGCUCAAAGAGUGGAAAUUCGUGAAUCACAAGUUGCUUUGGUAGGCAACCGAUCAGAAGAGAAAGUCGAAGAAAAUCAAGCUUCUUUUUCAGGCAAUGCAUCGAAAGAGAAUAUUCAAGCGAAUGGAGCUUCUAUUCCGUCCAGGGCUCCAGUCGGAUCAAUUAAAGAUUGA